GGCGGUACUACACUGCAAAAACAGCGAGGACGCGUGCAUAUGUUUCCAAUGAUUCUUCAGCAGCAUACGACAACUGAUAAAUACGCGAGUUAAAUGCAAACCGUUGACAGUUGGUUUGGAGAGAGAGUGCCGUUGAAGUCGACUGCUCCUUUUUCAGAAAAGAUUGACUUGAAGUUGUUGCAUGAAAUUUUACAUGCAAAACGAAAGAACAUGAAAAGUGUGUGUUUGAAUUAAGGCAGCUAAGCAAUUUUAAAGACAUACUUCGUGGUGAUUCGACCUUAUAUCUGUAUGUGAACUGGACUAAAAGAUUUUUCAGUUCAACAUGUCUCGCCCGCGUUCCAGAACAGUAAGUGAACCGUUAAGCAAACGACCCGGACAAAACUGCGAGGGGGGCUCACCGUCUCUCCCGUGUGGACGACCUCCACACAGGGCCCCCAACAUCAGGUACUGCAGCUCGCGACCGCGGACCCGGUCGCCGUCGCCUUCGCCUGUGAUCAGCCCUCUCACCUCGUCACCGCCGGCACAAGCGGCAAUCUCGUCGCCGCAGAGACGCCAGGCUACCAAAUGCAUGACGACGCCGAAAAUGACGAAAAAGCCGGUACAUUUAGACUUUGUGAACGACACUUGGGGGAUGCGACCCCGCUCACAGACUAUGCCCACGAAAACGUCGGUCCGUCCCCCGUUUUAUCCAAAUAGGGAUUCUUUUGAGUUACGCUCACCCAUUUGCAAAACAGCAGACGAUGACCAUUUCCCUUACGAUGACUGCACGAGGGUUCGUUCUUUUACCCUGUCUUCAAAGGGACUUCAAAACAAAGGGGACACGGUGAAGCACACGAGUAGCAUGCAGAUCGGAGCCUCUUCUUGCGAUAAUUGCUGCGCCGCGGCGGCCGAAGAGUACCGCGACCGCACAUCGAGCGUCAACUCUCGUGGGAGCGGGACGCAGACCAGUGAAGACAGCUCUGGGCACGAGAAGAUUCCCUACAAGGUGGCCAUUCUGGGAGCAAUGGGCGUCGGUCGGACAGCCCUGACACGCCAGUUUCUUACCUCUGAAUACCUUGGGGCUUUUGACACAAGCUUUGAUGAAGACGAAGAGAAGUCGGUGUCCGUAUUAUUGGACGGAGAAGAAUCGGAAAUGGUGCUAAUGGACCCAAUGAAUGAACAGAAUUUACAUCAGUAUGAAGACGCGGACGCCAUCGUAAUAGUCUACUCUAUGGCGGAUAGGGCAAGUUUUGAGUACGCCACGGACGUCUUGUUUCGUCUCCGCAAGGAAGAUAAUUACACCAAAGCCAUAAUUCUAGUCGGGAAUAAAAGCGAUAUCGUUCGUGGGAGAGAAGUUUCUUUGGAUGAGGGAAGAUCCAUCGCCAUGACCUACGACUGUAAAUAUACAGAAACCUCGGCCGUGUUAAACCACAACGUGGACGAACUGCUUGUUGGCACCUUGACCCAAAUACGGCUCAAAGAGCAAGAGCACGGCCAGAAACCGAGCAAGACUCGUUGUGUCCCGAAAUCGGCAAAACAGAUUAUAACCCGAUUUUGGAAAAAGAAUGGCCGAAGGGUUUCUAAAUCCUGUGACAACCUGUACGUGCUGUGAACUGAUAUUGAAAGGGAAUAGGAUUUGGGCAGGAAGUAACUUUGCCCUCUCAGACACAAGAACCGUUUUUGACACACAGGCAAUUCUGAGGAAAACCCUUUCGUUGGGCAUAUGGGAACAAAUAGGGAGGUCGUUUUCAAACUACCUAGAGAGGUGAUAUUGUAAGAAGGUGCCUGGGAAAGAGGGGAAACAUUUUUGAUGGUUCCUGGGUGUAGCAUAAACUUCUCCAUCUGGGCAGCUUUAUUAUUUUCGGCGAAGGAAUGCAGUUUCAUGUGAGAGUAUAAAACGAAAAAUGUGACAUACAUUCUGAAGUGGAAUGAGCGAGGAAACGACAAAUAGGAUUUAUUAUUGUCAUUUCUUUUUAAUAUUUCAGUAGGAGGUAGUUGAUAACUGAACGAUUAACUAUGAACUUGAUUUCAAAACUGCUCCAAGGGAUGCUGCAAAAAGAAAAAAAAGGCGCAGUUCACAAAUGGGAGCACACUAGCAUGUAAGCUUGCUAGCGUUACCGGCUUUCAUGCUUAUUAAAUUUAAACUAGGAAGUAAAUUCAAAAUAUUCCACUCAACACGUUAAAUAAUAUAUCCUGCUCAAGGAGUUUUUUCACGCAUUACGUUCCGCGUGAUGUUCCACUUAAAGGGGGAUCGAUACAUUUGGUUUUUCCCUUUAUUUGUAUAGAUAAUACGGAAAUUAACUUUGUCAUGUAAUGAGAUAAUACUGUCGCAUCAAAAAUUCAUUAGGAUGAAUUUGCUAACUCGUGCCUGUCACGUAACUGCAGCUUUUUGGGAUGCAAACUAUAAUAUUGAUUCCAAACUCGUCUCCUGUACCAGAACAGCUUUUAACACCAGUUUAGCGCCUAACAUCAACAUGUACCGUCUUACAAUCUGGUCAGGAAAUUCCCCUGAAAGGUUUACUUCUGAUUUUAAUAGUGAAGUAGCUAAGUAAUGUCUUUGUUCAAUGGAACAUCGUAAUUAGGGGAUCAAAAUUAGGGG